GCAACCUUGACCACGAUGGACGAAGACGCCAAGAUCUCGCAAUUUACCAGCAUUACUGGUGCAUCAGCUGAUCGAGCCAAAUUUUUCCUCUCCUCUUCUGGCGGCGAUGUCGAGACCGCGAUCGCUACCUUCUUCGAGAGUGGAGAUGUAGGCGCUGACGAGGCGACAUCGACAGCUGAGACGGGUGGACCGACCACUGAGAGUGCCGGUGAGUAGCUUGUCUCCCUGCCUCAACACACGGCCCCCCGCGUUCACGCUGAUCAUCCUUCAUCCUCACAGCGCCAACCACACCUGCACCCGCAGCAGCAACCGCACCCUCCAGCGGUCCUCGCACUCUCUC